AUGGGCAACGGCCAGGGAAAGCCCGUCGACCUGACAGGCGAAGCCAACCUCAACCACUUCCGCCUGCUACGAGUUGUCGGCCGAGGCGCCUUUGGCAAGGUCCGCAUUGUCGAGCGCAAAGACACCAACCUGACAUUUGCGCUCAAAUAUAUCCGUAAAGAUGAAGUUGUCAAAUCUGAAAGCGUUCGAAAUAUCAUCCGCGAGCGACGAAUGCUCGAGCAUGUCAACCAUCCCUUCAUCUGUAACUUGCGCUACAGCUUUCAGGAUAUCGAAUACAUGUACCUCGUGGUUGAUCUCAUGAGCGGUGGCGACUUGCGAUUUCACAUCUCCAGAAAGACCUUCACCGAAGAAGCCGUCCGAUUCUGGAUAGCCGAACUGGGCUGUGCCUUGCGCUAUGUCCACAGUCAGAAUAUCAUCCACAGAGACGUCAAGCCAGACAAUGUCCUUCUCGACGCCGAGGGACAUGUCCAUUUGACCGAUUUCAACGUGGCCUCUGACAUUGUUCCCGGGCGCAUUAUGACUAGCAAAUCCGGCACCUUGGCCUACCUUGCCCCAGAAGUCUAUUCGGGCAAAGGAUACGAUAUCCGCGCCGAUUGGUGGUCAUUAGGUGUCCUGUUCUAUGAGUGUAUCUACAACAAGCGACCUUUCGAGGGCAACAGCGAAUCUUCGCUCAGCCAACAGGUUCAGUUUUCUCAGCCAAAGUAUCCAGUCACACAGCCUCCCGUCUCGUUGACGUGUCUUUACGCUAUCCGUGCUGCACUUGAGCCCAAUCCCAAUGCCCGACUUGGUUCUACAUGGGAGAGCUUCAUCUACAACGAUUUCUUCAAGACGAUCAACUUCGAUUUGCUCGAGCAGAAACGCAUCGAGCCCAUUUUCGUUCCAUCGUCUGACAAGACCAACUUUGAUGCAACAUACGACUUGGAAGAAUUGCUGCUCGAAGAGGCGCCGCUAGAAGCUCGCGCAAGGCGACAGAAACCCAGAGAGCGGUUAAAGGAGGACGCUACGGACCAGGAAAUUCGCGAGGAUGAGCUGUAUAGAAUGAUUGAGACAGAUUUUCGCCCGUUCGACUAUACCGUUGCGGCCUACAAGAAACUUACGGCUUCUCAGGGCGAAGACGGAGAUCCAUCCUCAAUGGACCCGCAGGCCAUUACCACAGACGAAAUUACGCAGAUGCCUUCGGUAGAGCCGCCGGUGACAUACCCCCUCCCUCCCGUGGAACCAACAGUCAGCAACGAUAUGCGAGGAAACUCAAAUCAAGGACAGUCCUCUGCCUAUCCCGGACAAAUCCAAUACGUCCCUCGAUCUCCGCAAAUGAGCAAGCGAGUAACCAGCCCUACCGGCGGGGUACAGCUAACACUAGACGGCGGAGGCAGCUGGUCUGAGCUCGCUCGUCAAGACGCCACACUUCCCAAGGAUGCCAAUACCACGGCAGAAUCCAAGAGCGAAAGCUCCGGCGGCAUGUUUGGGUUCUUGAAGAGCAAAAAAGGAAGGAACAACAGCCCCAGGCCCAAGGAACGAGGAGUUUUGGGCAAAGAAGGCGCCAGAGUCGUCAUUAGCUGA